CUGCGCACCGGGCCGGAGCGGGAUUCCAGCGGCGAAAGCGCCGGCGGAGACCGACUCGUGGUCUCGGGUCCCGCACUCCAGCCUCUAGCAACCGGGAUUUGCGCUCUGCUUGUUCUGGACCGAGGUGCCCAUGCUGAAGUCACUCGAAAAGGAGAAAAUGUGUUCCGGGUGAGCCCAGGCCGCUCCGGAACUGCGAUGGCCGAGGAGGGGGCACCAAGGACCAGACUGAGAUUGGGUUUCAAACCAAGAUACUGGAUUCUCCCAGUUCAGAUAAAGAGCUCUGAGCAUGUAACAGUGAAAAUGGAUAACCUGCAUUCACAGCGCACAGACUGAAGACAUGACACUUAAGGAACACACGUGGACUUGUGGCACAUGGAUAUGUGUGCACAAAAAAAGGAAAUCUGUCAUUCUUUAAAGAUAGGAAGACAUUCUUCCUCACCAACAUGGGUACUUUCUGCUCAGUUAUCAAGUUUGAAAAUCUCCAAGAAUUAAAAAGACUGUGCCACUGGGGCCCCAUUAUAGCCCUCGGUGUUAUAGCAAUAUGUUCUACGAUGGCCAUGAUUGACUCUGUGUUGUGGUAUUGGCCCUUACAUACAACUGGAGGAAGCGUGAAUUUCAUCAUGUUGAUAAAUUGGACGGUCAUGAUUCUUUAUAAUUACUUCAAUGCCAUGUUUGUUGGUCCUGGCUUUGUCCCUCUGGGAUGGAAACCGGAAAAUUCUCAGGAUAGCAUGUACCUCCAGUAUUGUCAAGUCUGCCAAGCAUACAAGGCACCACGGUCACAUCACUGUCGAAAGUGUAGCAGGUGUGUGCUGAAGAUGGACCAUCACUGUCCUUGGAUCAACAACUGUUGUGGUUACCAAAAUCAUGCUUUGUUUCCACUGUUUCUCCUGUUAGCGCCAUAGGGUUGUAUUCAUGCUGCCUUCAUUUUUGUUAUGACGAUGUAUACACAGCUUUAUAACCGGCUCUCCUUUGGCUGGAACACGGUCAAAAUUGAUAUGAGUGCAGCCCGGAGAGAUCCUCUUCCAAUUAUUCCGUUUGGAUUAGCUGCAUUUGCUGCCACCUUGUUUGCCUUGGGAUUAGCUUUAGGAACAACCAUAGCCGUUGGGAUGUUGUUUUUUAUCCAGAUAAAAAUAAUUCUCAGAAACCAAACUUCUAUUGAAUCAUGGAUUGAAGAAAAGGCUAAAGAUCGAAUUCAAUAUUAUCAGCUAGAUGAAGUCUUUGUUUUUCCUUAUGACAUGGGGAGUCGAUGGAAGAACUUUAAGCAGGUAUUUACCUGGUCAGGGGUCCCAGAAGGAGAUGGCCUGGAGUGGCCAGUCAGAGAAGGCUGUCACCAGUACAGCUUAACAAUAGAACAGUUGAAACAAAAAGCGGAUAAAAGAGUAAGAAGUGUAAGUAAUUCUUUUGCAAUGAUACCAAUUUCUUUUUUUUUUUUUUUUUUUGGUUAG